UCGCAAACGUUCCUUGGCCCUCUCUCCCAUAAACGAAGAAGAAGCCAAGUUUCCAAAUUAAAAACCGAUACAUUCCAUUAGAAAAAGAAACCCUUUUUUGCGUCAUAUGGAGGGAUCAAGAAACAUCCAUGGAAAGCGUUCCAAUUCUCACUCUGACCACAACGAUAAUGGAAGAACCAAAAGAGGAAACAUUGGUGAUGAAAGUGGAAAGAACUUAAUCAAUUCAGAUUAUACUGUAUUCCGAUACUUAUGCCCUGCUGAGAAACUUAUGAGCAUAAUAGGAGGAUGUUGUAAGAUUCUCAUAAAAUUAGAAUCCGAAACUAAUUCAAUAAUCGAUUUUACUGAUAAAGUGUUUGGAUGUGGAGAACGUGUUAUUACUAUCUACAACACAAAUGAUGAAACAAACGACUUUGAUGGAAUAGAAACUGAUCAACGAGUUUGUCCAUCACAAGAUGCCCUUUUCAAAGUACAUGACAUAGUAGUAGCUGAAGAAGUGGGACCCAAUGAGGUUGUUGACAUGGCACCACAAGUUACAGCUCGUCUCCUUGUCUCAUCUGAUCAAAUCGGAUGUGUUAUUGGAAAAGGUGGAGAAAUUGUUCAAACUAUAAGGACAGAAACCGGUGCUCAGAUUCUUAUUAUGAAGGAUAAUCAUUUGCCUACGUGUGCAUUAAGCAACGAUGAACUCAUACAAAUAUCUGGUGAAGCUUCUAUUGUAAGAAAAGCGUUGUUUCAAAUAGCAUCACGUCUUCAUGAGAACCCAUCAAGAUCUCAACACUUACGUGCUCCCUUCAUUCACCCUCCUGUUAUGGGAACGCCAGGUGGCGCACAAAUUAUGGGAUCAACUCCACCUGUUAAUGCGAAGGAUCAUGGCUUAAUCAAAUAUAUUAGUCAAAAAUAUGGAGCAAGUGUGAAAGUUAACCCCCCAACAAAUUGGGGUGAAGAUUGCAUUGUAACAUCCGGAUUCCCAGAAGGUGGUUCCAACCUAGAGGAGGCCAAGGAGGUUGCAUAUCUGUGGAUUUCAAGCAAAGGACAUCAUCCUUGA